AAUAGACAAGAAAUUAAAACUUUUAUAGGUGUAGGAUUAAUUUUAAAAGAACUGGAAGAUGCUGGUUUUAAAGACAACACAUUAGUGAUCUAUACAUCUGAUAAUGGUAUACCAUUUCCAAAUGGUCGAACAAAUUUAUAUGAACCAGGAUUAGCAGAACCUAUGAUGAUUAGGUCUCCAAUUCCUAAUCACAGAAGAAAUAGUAUAACAUACAGUUUAACAUCUUUAUUGGAUAUUGUACCAACAUUGUUAGAUUGGUUUAACAUACCAUAUAUGGAUCUAUCUCCAUUUGAUACAAAUGAAACAUCUGUUCCUUUUUUAACUGGAAAAUCUCUUCUUCCUCUUCUUAUUCAAGAACCUACAGAAAAUAAUACAGCUAUUUUUGCCAGUCAAACUCAUCAUGAAAUUACUAUGUAUUAUCCCAUGCGAGCAAUUAGAACCAAAAGAUAUAAACUUAUACAUAAUAUUAAUUAUAAAAUGCCAUUUCCAAUUGAUCAAGACUUUUAUGUUUCACCAACAUUCCAGGAUCUUUUGAAUAGAACUAGAAAUAAACAACCGCUUCCAUGGUAUAAAACAUUAGAAAAUUAUUAUGAAAGACCAGAAUGGGAAUUAUAUGAUCUAAAAUAUGAUCCAGAAGAAAAAAAUAAUAUUGCUUCUAAAUCAUCAGCAAAAAAUAUAUUCAGUGAUUUACAAGAAAGAUUAUUAAAAUGGCAGAAAAUAACCAAUGAUCCUUGGCUUUGCACACCUACAGGAAUUCUCAAUGAUAUUAAAACUGAAGAACCACAAUGUAUGCCUCUUCAAAAUUUACUUAAUUAAUUUAGAUUAUUUAAUUUUUAUAAUAUAAAAAAUAUUUUCAAAUAAUACUCAUAAAUACUCAAUAUUAAUAUCAUAUAAGCAAUAAAUUGAAUAAAAAAUAAAUUUAUUUAUUCAAUUAUAUUUUUUUUAUUUAAUUAAAAAUAUAUAGAAAUGGUAUAUGGGUACUUAAAUAAAUUGUUAAAAAAAUCAAUAAAUA